AUGGAUUCUGACAUGGAUUAUGAAAGGCCAAACGUAGAGACCAUCAAGUGCGUGGUGGUGGGGGACAACGCCGUGGGCAAAACCAGGCUCAUCUGUGCCCGGGCCUGCAAUGCCACCCUCACCCAGUACCAGCUUCUUGCCACCCAUGUGCCCACAGUGUGGGCCAUUGACCAGUAUCGAGUAUGCCAGGAGGUGCUCGAACGCUCCCGAGAUGUGGUAGAUGAUGUCAGCGUCUCCCUGCGCCUCUGGGACACCUUUGGCGACCACCACAAAGACCGGCGAUUUGCUUAUGGAAGAUCUGAUGUGGUGGUUCUGUGUUUCUCCAUUGCCAACCCCAAUUCCCUCCACCAUGUCAAGACCAUGUGGUACCCAGAAAUCAAGCAUUUCUGCCCCCGAGCUCCUGUCAUUCUGGUGGGCUGCCAGCUGGACCUGCGCUAUGCUGACCUGGAAGCCGUUAACAGGGCCAGGAGACCCUUGGCUAGGCCCAUUAAGCCUAAUGAGAUCCUCCCUCCAGAGAAGGGUCGGGAAGUGGCCAAGGAGCUGGGGAUCCCUUACUACGAGACCAGUGUGGUGGCCCAGUUUGGUAUCAAGGACGUCUUUGACAAUGCCAUCCGGGCUGCACUCAUCUCCCGCCGUCACCUGCAGUUCUGGAAAUCUCAUCUGCGCAAUGUGCAGCGGCCUCUACUGCAAGCACCCUUCCUGCCCCCGAAGCCACCACCCCCCAUCAUCGUGGUGCCCGACCCCCCCUCCAGCAGCGAGGAGUGCCCCGCCCACCUCCUGGAAGACCCGCUCUGUGCGGAUGUCAUCCUGGUGCUGCAGGAGCGCGUGCGCAUCUUUGCCCACAAGAUCUACCUCUCCACCUCCUCCUCCAAAUUCUAUGACUUGUUCCUCAUGGACCUGAGUGAGGAGGAGUUGGGGGGCCCCUCAGGGCCAGGGGGCCCCCGCCCAGAGGACCACCGGAGCCACCCUGAGCAACACCACCAUCAUCACCAUCACCACCAUGGGCGGGACUUCCUGCUUCGGGCAGCCAGCUUUGAUGUGUGUGAGAGUGUGGACGAGGCUGGGGGCUCUGGUCCUGCUGGCCUCCGGGCUUCAACUAGUGAUGGCAUCUUAAGGGGUAAUGGAACAGGGUACCUGCCAGGCAGGGGGCGUGUGCUUUCUUCCUGGAGCCGAGCUUUUGUGAGUAUCCAGGAAGAGAUGGCAGAGGAUCCUCUGACCUUCAAAUCCCGGCUGAUGGUGGUGGUGAAGAUGGAUAACUCCAUUCAGCCGGGGCCCUUCCGGGCUGUUCUCAAGUACCUGUACACAGGGGAGCUGGGUGAAAAUGAGCGGGACCUCAUGCAUAUCGCCCACAUUGCCGAGCUGCUAGAGGUCUUUGAUCUACGUAUGAUGGUAGCCAACAUUCUCAACAACGAGGCCUUCAUGAAUCAGGAGAUCACCAAGGCCUUCCAUGUUCGCCGGACCAACCGGGUGAAGGAGUGCUUGGCAAAGGGCACCUUCUCAGAUGUGACCUUCAUCCUGGAUGAUGGGACCAUCAGCGCCCAUAAACCCCUACUGAUUUCCAGCUGUGACUGGAUGGCUGCCAUGUUUGGGGGACCAUUUGUGGAGAGUUCUACUAGGGAGGUGGUGUUUCCGUACACAAGCAAGAGCUGCAUGAGGGCUGUGCUGGAGUACCUCUACACGGGCAUGUUCACCUCCAGCCCAGACCUGGAUGAUAUGAAGCUCAUAGUCCUAGCCAACCGACUCUGCCUACCGCACUUGGUCGCUCUCACAGAGCAGUACACAGUGACGGGGCUGAUGGAAGCAACCCAGAUGAUGGUGGACAUCGAUGGGGAUGUCCUUGUGUUCCUGGAAUUGGCACAGUUCCAUUGUGCGUAUCAGUUGGCCGACUGGUGUCUCCACCACAUCUGCACCAACUACAACAACGUGUGCCGCAAGUUCCCCCGAGACAUGAAGGCCAUGUCCCCAGAAAACCAGGAGUACUUUGAGAAGCACCGGUGGCCACCUGUCUGGUACCUGAAAGAAGAGGACCACUAUCAGCGUGCGCGAAAGGAACGUGAGAAAGAGGACUAUUUACACCUGCGGAGGCAGCCUAAGCGGCGGUGGCUGUUCUGGAACAGUCCCUCAUCACCGUCCUCCUCAGCAGCGGGCUCGGCGUCCCCGUCCUCCUCCUCGGCUGUGGUCUGAAAUGCUGCCACCGUCUUCUGAUCCUGUUGCUGUUGUCCUCAUUAGCCCUUGUCCUUCUGCUCUUCUUUAUCAUCCUAUCCACUCAACAGGGCACGAGGGAACUCACCUAACCAGGGCCCUAAGGGCAGAGCCGUUCUCACCAGCCAAUGUGGCUCGGGCCAGGAGGAGCCUGGCCCUGCAGAUCAGAACAGGGUCCACCUACAAUUUCAGGCAGGGUAGGAAACCAUCUGCCCCGAGGUGGGGAGCAGGAAAGAGCUCAGAGCUCUUGAUAUUUUCUCUCUGGACUUGACAAUAGAGUCAAUGGAGGAAAGCUUCCCUGCACGUGGGCUUGUCUGUAUUGGUCUCUGCUUUGGCCAGGGAGGCAGCUUCCUCUCCAGGAGCUGGUCAUGUUUUUUUUUUUUUUUCCACCAACAGACUUGAGGGUUGCAAGUAUUUUGUGAGCAUUGUUCCGUGGGCUUACUCAAAUCCCCGCUUGAGAAGUCAGGGUAGGAAGAAGUCUGCAGAGCCCACGUCAAGGCUUCUACACUAUGAGUUGUGGCUGCUAGGGAGUAAACUGUAUCCUGCUGGCAUCUUUUCAGGGCUACAGGCAAUGCAGACCUAGUGGUGGGUGACAGCUUUGAUUCAGGGUUCAGGUUUGUGUCCCGCACUCCUCACAUUUGGUCAUAAAUGGAGAAGGAAGGGUGGGAGCUGUGCUCAGCAAUCCCAUGAUGCUCUAGGCCUCUUCCUCUGUCUCUGGGCUAACACUGCUUUUUAUGGGGUGGGGCAAAAACAGCCCAACAAAUGAAAAUCAAAUUCAAAAAGAAAAAAAUCACCACCAAAACCACUCUAUCUUUUGUCCCUCCCAUGCCCCACCCCAAGAAUGAAGUCCCAAAAAGAGACCCUGUAGGGUAGGGUAUACAUUUUCAUAAAGCUGAAUGGAGGCCUCUGUAAUAAUGUGGAUAUGAGGGCUAGCAGUACCAGCCACUCCAAUGCCUUUCAGGAGGACUUGUACCCUCUGUAUCUGAGGAUGCUCUUGCCUGGAGCUUGAUGGUUAUAGGUUGCAAGGUUGCAGGGAAGGCUCUUACUUCCGGGCUGAAGUGGCUCUGGACUUUUUCCGUCUUGAUGCAGACUAGCCUCCUCUUCCAAGGGUGACUUCACAGGAUAUAUCCGGAGCAUGUGCUUUCGGGGACAGGGUGGGUGGGGUGGGAGCUUUGGGUAAGGGUUAAAUGUCAGGAAAGGACACACUGAAGAACAGGCCAUACAACCCAACCUGGUACUGGUUGAGGAUAAAGGGAAGGAGAAAAUUUUAAUCCAGAGAGGAAUCUAAGUGGCUGGAGAAUGAACAUAAUAACUUGAAACCCCCGUGUGGGACAAACACCGGGCCUCAGUUGACCCUUUCCAUUUCCUAAUUAUGAUCCAUACUUCACCACCUUUUACCAUAUUUUAGAUUUAGGAGGUGAAGUCCCAUGAGGCAGUAGGAAGUGACUGAUUCCCCCAGACAUGGAUAGGUUGCUUGGGUCUGGGAUUAAAGCAAACCCAGAAACAAAUGCAUCUAGAGUUCUGAUCCUGCCUUGUCAGAGGGAACAGCCUGUAGCAGGUCUCACAUAGUACUGAACUCAACAAUCUGAGCCUGGAACCGCCAAGACAGCAGCAGCUGCCCUUGGGUCAAGUCCUCCAGACUUGCUGGCUGGGGAAGUGUGUUUGGUGCUGCCCUCUGCUGGCUAGCGUGCCCUCCUGCAGCUGAGUUCUAAAUGGCUCUAAGUGUGAAGAGGCGUCUGUAAGCAUGGAAAAGGUGAGGACAGAGUUAGGGGUACAUCUGAGAGCUAUAGUAAUUAGUAGAGUCCAACCCUAAAGAGCAAGGGGAAUUGGGUCUCUCAUUCAAGCAGCUUGGGCAUCACUGGUGAUGAUGGACGGGCCUGUGGGAGAACGUGAAGCUUUGUGGAGUUGGUGGAAGCCCAAGGAAGACCAUGCCCCAACCAGGCCAGUUCACCCCUCAGGGACCCACCCCACCCCCCAGCAGCUGUCAGAGCCAGUGUACACCAGGUACAUGGGUGCUCUGGACUCCAGGGAGACAGAAGUAGGAGACACUCCGGUGUGGAGCAAGCCUGUGGCAUAGAAGCCCCCACAGAAGGGGGGGAGGACAGUGACACCAGAACAUGCUCCCCUGGACUAUGUCACUUAUGUCACUCAGUAUUGUUUUAGCGGAUGGGGGCACAAACAAACAACAAACCCCACACCUUUUUAUAUAAGGUUUCAUAUUUAAUUUGGUCAUGAAUUCAUAAUACAUUGAGUAUUUUGUACCUAA